AUGUUGGGGUUACAACCUCCUUCGGUGGCCUCGAGUGAAUGGGCUCGAGUGCGAAAGGAGCUUUUGUUCGCUACCAUAGUCCUGGGCUCCUGUGCCGAUGGAACCCUAGGACCCGUGCUGGUGCCGGGCUUUGUGGUCGUGGCUGCAGACCUCCAGGUCAGCCUGACCAGCGUGACCUUGUUAAAUGGGAGUCUGGUGAUGGCCCUGGGGGUGAGUUCCUACGUCUGCUCUCCGUUGGCCACUUGCUUUGGCAAGCGACCGGUGUAUCUGUGCACUACGCUGUUGGUGCUGGCUUCAUGCUGCUGGGCGGCUGCCUCCAGAUCCUAUACGUCCUUGCUUGCAUCGCGGGUGUUUCAAGGACUCGGCAUGGGGGCGUUCCUCUCCCUCGCGGGAACAUCCUCCAUCAACGAGGUCUUCCUCGAAGACGAGCGGGGGGUGCGAGUCGGCCUGUGGAAUUUUGCCUUCAUCGUCUGCGUCAACCUGACGCCGGUCAUCAGCGGCUAUGUCAUCUCCAGUCUCUCCUGGCGCUGGGCGUUCUGGCUCGAGGCGAUUCUCUUUGGGGGGGUGCUGGUGGCAACCAUCCUUUUCUUCCCCGAGACGACGACCACCACCACCGUUCGUAUGGAUGGUGGUGUUGCCGCUGUAGAUGACAGGAUCCCUACCACCCCACCAGACACGAUCGAUACGAAGUCUGCCUCCGAGGUCGACAUCGCGGAAAAGCAGCAGCAACAGUCCGUAGUGCCCUUGGACGACACCGCCUCCGUCGCAAUCGCCUCCACCGUCCCCAUAACAACCACCACACAAAAGCUGCAAGCCCUCAGCCUGGCCCUGGUCUCCCCGCUGGCCAUCCUCCUGCACCCCGUGGUCCUCUGGGGCUGCAUCAUGUGGUCGGUCACGUUCACCUGGACCAUACUGUUGGGCGCGGUAGCAUCGCAGAUCUUCACCGCACCCCCCUACAACAUGAGCACCAUCGCCGUGGGCAACCUGACCGGGCUCGCCCCGGGGAUCGGGUCCGCGCUGGGGACGGUCCUCGGGGGAUGGCUAUGUGACUGGACCCGUCGCCUCCUCUCCCGUGCGCCUGCACCUGCGCCUCCAUCCCACCCCCCCGCCAACAGCCCAGGAACUGUCGAUCCCGAAUCCCGUCUUCCCGUCCUCCUCCCCGCAACAAUCACCAUGGCGGUCGGCGCCUUCGGGCUCGGCGCGGCCACCGAGCGGGGGGAUUCCGCGGUCGUGUGCGGGGUGUUCAUGGCGAUCCUCAACUUCGCCGUGGGGAUGGGCUGCACGGGGAUUGUAGCGUACACGAAUGAUGUCUGUGCGGAGCGCGCGGGGGAUGCUUUUGGGUUGGCUAUGCUGAUGAAAAGUGCGUUGGCGUUUGGGUUGACGUUCGUGUGGAAUGACUAUUUGGGGAAGCAUGGGCCGCUGGUUUUUUUCUCGACGUUUGGGGCGUUGAGUGUUGGGGUGAUGUUGACGAGCGUGCCGUUGUUUGUGUGGGGGAAGAGGGUGAGAAGGUGGGCGGAUGGGUGGGAUUUGUUGAGGCGGUCGUGA